AAACAAAAAAACCCUCCGAAACCCCAAAGCUCCAACAUGUAUUUACUAAAUUGAACAUGUAAAAGUAAAAGCAUCCCUCCGGAAUUUAUACCGCGACCAAAGGACGCGUUAAAAGCAACUUUAAUCUCGUAAGCUCCAUCCGUCGGUUGUUAUUAAGCCGUAAUGGCUGCCACCCCUCCCGGACAAGGCUUCCCGAACAAGACUCGUGUGGCCAUCUUGGCAGAGCUGGACAAGGAGAAGAGGCGGCUGAUGCAGAGCCAGUCCAUGAACAACCCCGGAGCCAACAUCCCCAUGUCUGCCCGGAGCAGCCUGAAGGAGGCAAGGGACAGCGCGGAGCAGCAGCACAUCGCCGCCCAGCAGAAGGCCGCCCUGCAGCACGCCCACAUCCACUCCUCCGGCUUCUUCAUCACCCAGGACUCCUCGUUCGGGAAUCUCAUCCUCCCGGUGCUCCCCAGGCUGGCGCCCGACCUCCGGCUCCUCACCCUCCCGAUCCUCCCCAGGCUGGAGCCCGACCUCUGACUUCUCAUCCUCCCGGUGCUCCCCAGGCUGGA